GUGGGAUCGCAAUGGCCGUUAGAUUACCCGCAAAAUACAAACACUGUUUUGUUGGCGUUUUUAUAUACUCCAAUGCAUGUCUAGUUUAUGACUAAAUUAUAGGUAAGGGGAGAAUCAGACAACAUCCUGGAGUAAAGAAGUGGUUAAGGGUCAAAUAUGAAUUCCAGCUGGAGAUCCGAACAAGAAGACCCCACUGUUGUCAGCGCCAGACAUGUAUUUCGUGGGAUUGAAUAUGUUGUCACUCUCAUGAUCGACAACAUCAAGGAGAUGUUUGUCCUUGAGGUUGAAGAUAGGCUUACUUCUGAUCAAUGGAGAGGACAGUUCGAUGCUAAAUGUAAGUACAUACCUGGUAGAAAAUAAAUGAAAUUCGAAUGUGUUUACUUAAUUAAAGUCAGAUCAUUUUAUUUGUUGUAGUUGAAAAUAAUAAACAGGGCUAAAAUUAUUUUAACGUCGUGAAGUUCUCGAUAAGCUCUGUCUACUUUUCAUUAUCAUUAACCGGAAACGGUGAGCUUAUAGAAUUGGCCGUGUAUUUCAUUUUAUAAUCGUGUAUAAUAUAAUAAUACUCGUUGAGUAUGGAAGCGUUGCCUGGGACCCAUGUAACCCGAUAUUUUGGCGAUAUCUGCAACAUAGCUAAAGAAAACAUGUGACAAGACUGGGCCACUUUAGACUUCUGACAAUCUGCCAUUUCUCUUUAAAUCCAUCAAGUUCUUAUCCUAGCCAGCGUUUUUGCAAACAAUGGGUUUACGGUCAAGUUACCCGAUUGGCCCGAAAGUCAUCUCAUCCAAAGUUAUGUCGCCCAAAACCAGAGUUGUGUCGCACAAAAUUUUUGGUCAAGUCGCCUGAAAUACUGACUUAUCACGCUCAACAGCAUCCUUGCAUCCUUAUUACACAUUUAUUGUGCCUCUUUCAUCUCAUCAUCUCGGUGAGCAUUCGGAAGUCAGCCAAGCGCGGUCAUUGCAUGUGUGCUGAACAAGAAUGCUGUAUCAUGACAGACUAGAAACAAUAUACAACUCCCAAAGCACAAACUCAGCCAAAACGCUAAAAAUCUUCAAUGUUUACUCACGUUUGGGCCUAUAGAAGAUACUGUCACAGUUUUUCAAUGACCAUGAAAUUCAGAGUCCGGGUAAUUAGUUAAUCAAUUGUGGCCCUGAAAAAAUUUGUAGGGAAAAAAACUACGAAUUUUUAAGAAAAUGUUUUUUUCGUGAGAAGGACUCUUAAACGCUGACAAACGUCAACAAAUAGCGAAAACUAUAAUUUCUAUAUGUUUGCUUUGCUCGAAAUCGCGCAUUUACAAGGCCCUAAAGCUGUUUGCUGACUUGCAAGGACCCAUCUGUUAUAACGAUGCCCAAAAUAAAGGGAUAAGUCUCAUAGUUUAUUAGAUAUAAUCGUGUAAAGUUUGCUUAUCAUUUUCGCAUAAAUUAUGACCUAAAUUUGGAAACUGCUGAAUUUCUCAAAUUGGGUCUUUGAAAUUUUGGUGAAACUCUGCUCAGCGCAUGGCACUAAUACACACUAUGUGUAGCCGAGAGAUUUUCACGAAAAAAUCCCGGCAACAGCAGAUUUUCAAUUCAGACCUCAAAGGGACGUGGCAUUAUAACCACGUGACAUUUACUCCGAUUGCCAAAAAUUUUAUGUUGUAUUGUAUAUUGAUCUAUAUGUUAUCCAUUCUAUGUGUUAGACUUACGAUAAAAGUAAAGGUGGGGAUACCAGAAAGCUUCAAAGUAGGAUGGUACCCCCCCAAAAAACUGGGUCGAGUCACCUUAAUUUCUAUGGAUCCAGGGUAAUAGGCUCUUCGCAUGACUUGAUCACGUGAUCUACUUUUGGUAAACACGAAAGCAGUUUGCUUUUGAAAAAUUUUGUUAGCACAAGCUGAAAGAACAUAUUAAAAUUAGGUAACCUGAGAAUUUUCAGCCGUAUAUUUCAAAAGUAGCGAUUGCAAUGGCUGCCGAAAGUCACGAAAGCCACCCAGUCAUGCUUGCAUGGUUUUACAUACAAAUCCUUAUAAAUUCUAAACUUUUUAAAAUGUCGUGUCAUCUUUUUCUUACGCAUUUAAGGGCUCAAAUUGUCUGUUAUGAAUUAAAAGGAGACUUGAGCCCUGUAAUGCUUAAGGAUAUAUUUUAUGACAGUUUUGAAAAUUUCAAAAUUACAAGGAUUUGUAUGGAAAACCAUACAAGUGUGACUGUAUGGCAAAAGUUGUUUUUCUCAUACUAAUGCUUCUAACAUUCGGCAGCCAUCGCAAUUGCUACCUUUGAGAUAUACGGCUGAAAGUUCUCAGGUUACCAAUUUUUAAUAUGCUCUUUCAGCUUGUGCUGACAAAAUUUUUCAAAAGUGAACUGUUUUCGCGUUUACCGAAAGUUGAUCACGCGAUCAAGUCAUGCAAAGAGCCUAUUAAUUUGGAAAACAUGCCAAAACACUUUCAUUUUAGAAACAUUGUCAUACAAAAGUAGACAAGCAAAGUAGACAAUGACAAGCUUCAGUUUGUAUUUAGCUAUGACUGACAUUAAACUUGGUGGCUCUUAAAAGAGCCAUUGACUUGUUACCCUUAGUGUGCAACAUAAAACUAAAAACAAUAAUAUUAGGUUUAAGAGAUAAAGGCAGCUGAUAAUGAAACUAAGUUUAAAACCAUUUUAACCUUAAUUUCAUUUUGAUCUACUACAUAUUACAUGGCAAUUCUCUUUCAACAGGCCAUUUCUGAGUUGCACAAAGCCCCUGUUUCAUAGUGGGGCUACACAAGAAGCCAUUGAUAUAAACCUUAUUUUAACUCAUCACAAGAAAAGUUUUGCACCUGGUCUUGUUUUGAAAGUUAGGAUUAUUGGAACUCUGAAAUGGCCUAUUUUCACCGUUUUACUUAUUAUGUUACAUGCACCUCACCUGAAGACAGUGGCCACCAACAAAGUUGUCCAAAUGAUGGCCAUUUUAUACAAUUUAGGGCUCACACUAUUUUGUAAUAAAUUUUAGCAAUAACAUUGCUUUGAUCUGUUUGUCCAGUGCACAUGACUUUGGUUGUGACUUUAAUCAAUACAGAUAUUGAGGAUCUAACUCACAAAACUGGAAAUUUCAAGCAGUUUACAGUGUUUAUCAGCAUGCUUGAAAGUGCACUGUCUAAGGUAAGCUGUUUUGUUCCUGAUAAAACAACAACUACGGUACAGUUACUUUUUUCACCCUCUUGAGAUUACAUUGUACAUUUUGUGAUGGUUGAAGUCCAAGAGCUAUUCACAAUGCUCUGAUUUUGCUACUUCAUUGCAUGGUGGCAGCAUUAUUCUCAUAUACUUCUAUUCUCACAGAACAGUAAUUCAGUAUCAGUGGACCUUUUGACCUAUGGAGACCUUGAAUCACUACGCAAUCACAGACCUGGAUUUGGAACACAGCAUAUUCCUGGUGCUAAAACAAAAUCACAACUGAACUCAAAGAGAUACCUUAUUAUGACAUAUACUGUUGAGUUUGACAGGUGAACAACAAUUCCCUUUGAUGUCUUUGGUAAUAAACAGUAAAAUUUUAUGUCUUUGGGUAGAUUUCCACCGUCGGGUAAUUUUUAAGUUUGUAUGCAUGUAAAAUUUUACAGGCGUAAAAAAAAUAGGGGCAAUUUACAUUGUAUGGAAUGUCCCGUGUAACGGUAAAAGUUCAGCAAGUGUUAAUUUUUUCAUUUACAUGCAACCUUCCAUACUUUGCUUCUAAUUUAAGCUUAUUUAUGUGUGAAAUUUUGCAUGCGUAAACACAUGAAAAUUAUGCAACAGGGGAAAUCCACCCUUAGGUAAUAAAUGGUAUUUUGCCGAUAUAAACAUAUUUCAGGGCUAGAAUGCUUACCAUGACAAUGAUACGAUGAGUUGUCAGUCAGUGUUGAGAUAAAUUUGCUGUCAGUCCCAAAAGAAGGGCAUUACAAAUGAAAGGCCUUGAAUUGCUUUGUAAAUAAAACACUAGCUGUUUUUAAUUGCAAACUAAUGAGACCCAACUUUUUGGGCCUUUUGUGUUUAUUUUUUAAAUUUUUAUUAUUUUUUAAAUUUAAUUCCAUCCAAUAUCUCUUGUAUUUUUACAUUUUCUGAUUAAGAAUAAUCCAUACACUGGAAGAUAUGGCGAGAAUUGUGGCUAAGUAAUAUUAAUUUAAUUCAAUCAAAAUUAUUUUAACUUAAAAAACAAGUUUGCAACAAGUACACAUGACUCGUACAAUCUUGAAAAGGUACUGAAUUUUACUAUUCGUCGUGAAAAGUCCUUGAAUUUGGUUUAGAUCCUUGAAAAGUACUUGAUUUCUUUGUUAGGCCUUGAAAAGUCCUUGAAAUUCACAACCUUGUCUACACCAGACAACUUUUUUCUGUAAAAUUAGAUUAUUUUGCCGAUGGAAAGUUGGCUUAUCCUCGGUCUUAGAACCUGUAAAACUCACGGGUAACAUAAAGACAUUUUUGUGCAUGAACAAUAUUUUAUUUCUGUUUCUUUAUUUCAAAUGCUAUUUCUGUACCUCAGAUGCAAUUGCAAAUCAUACCCAGUCAUUUUGCAAAGUUUUGUUGCAGAAAGUAGUAUAAAAUAACGUGUUCAACGAUGGCCAGAGAAGUAAAAGUCAUAAAUGAAGUCCUUCAUGACAUGUUUUAGCCAAAUUAUAGGGUAAUCAAAGGGGGUUAAAGAGUGCCGAUUUAUUAAAUAAAAAUUAGUCCUUGAAAACUAUAAUUUGUCCUUGAAAAGUCCUUGAAGUCCUUUAAACUUGCUUGUCUUAUGUUGUGCCAGCCAUGAAUACACAUGUUACACUGUACAUGUAUAUUACUGUGAAACUUUCAAGCUGUAAAUGCCAGAGAUAUUUCUUUAAUGUUACUGCUCUGCAAGGAAAAAGCCAGUCAGUUGAAUCAGGCAUGAUAAAACUACGAAAUAAUAAAUUAUUAGUUUAAAGGAUCAACAAGGAUCAACAGCAAUUAGUUUAAGGGCUUUUGUGCUCUAUUCACAACACUCAUAAUGAUAUGCAAAGUUGAAAUACAUGUACACCUAAUUAACAGCUUUAACGUUGCUAGUCAAAUGGUUUCACCUGCAAUUUGCUUAACCCCUGAUAAUAAAUACCGAUUUCGCAUGGAAAUCAUUGAUUCUCGCUCAGUUUUCACCUGAGCCAGGCAGGGGUGAACUCUUUGGUCUUUAUACACCCCUCGCAAUUUUCUCAUGGUGAAACUGGCAGCUGAAGUCCAAUUUCAGUUCUUGACGCUCAAGCUGAGCAACCCGCACAAUAUCAAGAGCUGGAGAUAUAUCUCUUCAUUGGAAAAGGCUAUUUGAAGAGACUUUUAGCAGGCUUCUGGUCUAUGACUAGAGAGACACCGGAGACUCACUUUUAGCAAGGUUGCCAAUUUAAUUGGCGGUGGCUAGUUGGUGAACUGGCAAAUAAGGCAUCUAGUCUAUGACUAGAGAAAUGCCGCACAGACUCACUUUAUUUGUAUUAAUUCCUUCCGCUUUAGUGGUCGUUGGAUGUUUACAAAGGGCUGAAGCGAGGUUGCCGAUUAAUCGGCGGUGGCUUGUUGGUAAACUGGUGGAUAAGACAUCUAGUCUAUGACUAGAGAAACACCACAGGCUCUCUUUAUUUGUAGUAAUUCCUUCAGCUCAAGUCGCUAUUGGAUGUUUACAAACAGCUGAAGCGAGGUUGCCUAUUUAAUUGGCGGUGACUAGUUGACGAACUGGCGGUUAACGCAUCUGGUCUUUGAUUAUUAAUAGCUAUUUGUAUUUAUUUAUAGCUUUGGCUCAAGCAGUUGUUGGAUACGUUGGAAUGUUUACAAAGGGCUGAGGCAAGUUUGCCAAUUUAAACGGUGGUGGCUAGUUGGAAAACUGGUGUUUUAGGGUGUAGUCUCUGACUAGAGAAACCCUGCAGGCACGCUUUAUUUGUAUGAAUUCCUUCGGUUUGAGUGGUUGUUGGAUGUUUUCAAAGGGCGGAAGUUAGGUUGUCAAAUUGUCACUGGGUUGUUAGUAAACUGGCGGCAUGCAUGUAGUUUUUAAGUAGAGGAAUGCCACAUGCUUGUUUUACAACAUGUAUUUAAGGUAUUAAUUCCUUCAGCUAAGGUAAUCCUUGUCUGACUGCUUUGGAUGUUUACAAAGGCUAGGAUUCGAUCGGCAGUAGAAUAGACAUAGGCAUCUAUAACAACUAGAGGGGAUUCUCUUUUUAACAUUCACAAACUGCGUUCAGAGCGCAAACAGUCGAAGCAGUUGGUGGAGGUUGUUGUUUAUGUAUCACCUGAGCACUUAGUUGAGCACUUAUAAAGCACGCCCACUAUCACAAGAAGUAUCAAGUCUGCAUAGCAUGUAGUACUGAUCAGGUUGUUUAUGCAUCUUUGGGGGAUAAAGACCAUAGCAGGCAAAAGUAGACAAGUGAAAUCAUAAGGAGACUCGUGUGAGAGAAAAUAGAGGUGGCGAAAAGGUACGUUCUUCAAGCCUUUUUUGUUGGAGGUGUGGCUAUUGUUACAGGAUGGGCCAUUUUGUAUAAACUGUAUACCUUGCUCUAUUAGAAAGUCUGAGCAACACAAAGCAUCCGCAAAACCUGACAAGUGAAUAAUGUUAUUUAACAAGUUUAAAUUAAUGGGUGUCUAGUAUUUUGUCAGGUCUAUGUGUCAAAAAUGAGAGGAGAGAUGAUAUACCUAACAAUAACUAACAACCAAUCCUGUUUAUUCAGCUCCAUAUACAUGUAUUGUGUACUGCUUUUUGUCCUAGUCAGCAUAGUUAUGGCAGCUUUGAAAGCAAGGUAUCCUUCAUUUAAAGGCCUUCCUGCCUUGCAGGUCUAAGCUGUUGUCUCUCUGCUGACUUUAACGGGGUGAGCAUGAUUCCAGAUUCUGGGUUGAUGUAUUUGCCCAGUGGUGUCCUUGCCUUUUUCUGAAAAACAAAACAAAUUAAACAACCAAACUUGGUGUAGGGACAAGGGGCCUUGAUUUCUAACUUCAAGAAUAGCAAAGCUAAAGCCAUUGAAAUGGAAUAAGCUCAUCAGUACCAGGACCUCGUUAAGGUCGGAGGAGAGGUAACUAUGAGAGGAGAGGUGACUAUGGCAGAAUGACAUAAAAAGCUGAUAAAGAAAGGAGAGCUGACUAACGAUAUUGCAGGGUUGUUGUUCCGUGACUCAAAAUGUGUUCAAUCCUUGGAGCUUCAUAAUGUUUCUUGGUGUUCGCAGGAAUCCUCAAAUGAACAUCUGCAUGUCCAUUCCAAGAAAUUAAAACAUGUUGAAACGGCAAGAGAUUUAGGCAUUAUUCUAAAAAAAAGGAUUUCUUUUUCAUCCUGUAAACACUAAUACGGGCACUCAACAGAUGUCUUCAUCUUGGUUAAAUGACAGGUAGUGAUCUCUUAUUGGUGGUGAGAGAUGUACAUGGCUUUCAUUCUGGUUGAGCAAUAACACUAUCCUUCACAGGGGUAGCAGACUUAUCUGAAGUUAUGCAGCUUGUAAGUUGGAAGUGUAGUCAUGCCGCCUUGCAUCUGUUGUAUCGUUUGGUUAAGGUGAUCAACCCUGAUGGUGCCAUUCCUUCUGUGAGGAUUAAAAGUUGCGGUACCCUGACAUGAUGUAGAUCACUGCGCCUUUCCAACCAGUGGGCAGGACUAUACCAUCAAUAGCUGAUAUUCUCAUUGAGAAGAAUCUCUGAUUGCUGGGUCACGUGCAUAGGUUGGAUAAUAACAGACUACCAAAGCAGCUGUUAUACUCUCAACUCUGUUUGGGAAUGCGUAAUUAAGGGAGGCCUAGAUUAAGGUUCAAAGAUAUUGCUAAGAUAAACAUGAAAUGAAGAGACAUCAAUAUCAUUUGAUGGCAGGAGAGUGCCAACAACAGACCUACCUGGAGAAGAUUUAUCAAACUGUGCUGAACCCUAGAACAAUCUUAGUCGAACCGACUGACUGUGAUGACGAUGACAGAACAAAUGUUCAUUUAAAAAAGCUGUUGUGUGUUAAGGAACAAGUUAAUAUCUGUUUAUUGCUAAAGUAUUUAUAAACAGCUCUUAUAGGACAGCAAGUGAGUUAGUCAAGGAGAUACAAAGUAUUAAGGCAUGUAGCGCACAAGUGUACUUUAUGGGUUGGCGAAAACUGGUCUAAACAUAGAGAUGGUUUUUGUUGUGAGAAUUGAGGAUUUGAAGAGGUUUAUUGGAGACAUAGUGGUCGUUUAGAUUACAUUGUUAAACAAGUAAUUGAGCAGUAAAGGCUGUGGGGUGCUGAUCUAUCAUUUUCCCAAACCUUGAUUCAAUUGUGCAUGAAUAUGAAUGUUGUUGAAUAGGUUACUGUGAAACUCAAACAACAAUGAUUACAAUAAGUUGAGGAUGCAAGUACCAGUAAUCUAUUCAACAACAUUCAUAUUCAUGCUCAGUUGUAUUUAGGUAUGGGAAAAUGAUUGAUCAGCGGACUAAGCCAAGGUGGGAUAGCUUGGCUUAGGGGUAGUUAGUAAAUGUGACCCACACGGUUUUCUAGGUGGGAGGGUAGGUGGUUCAUUCCUGUAUGGCUCUGCUGAUCUCAGCAAAGAUCAAUGAUUUCCACGCAAAAUCAGUUUUUAUCAUCAGGAGUUAUGUAAUCACACGUGAAACCAUUUGACUAGCCAUGUUAAACCUGUUAAUUAGGUGUAUUUCACCUUCCCACUUCAUUAUAAAUGUUAUGAAUAGUAAUGACGGACUGACAAAACUUUGACAACUGCUGUUGUUAAGAAUUCAGUAUUGUUUAAGGCACUUAAAAUGGAUAUUUUUAUUGAGUGAGCUGAUAAGAGCAAUUACACAAAUGGCAGCAUUUUGUAUUUCCAGGAUACACUAUCCCCUUCCUUUACCAUAUGUGGGAAAACCUGAUCCUGUCCAGCUACAAGAAACAAUUAGAAAACUAAGAGAAGAAAAUCAACAUCUUAAAGAACAGGUAAAGCUCUUACUGUGCACUUCCUUACAAACUACUCUCCUAAUGUCACAGUUAUCACAAGGAUUUCAAGUUGCCAGGUAUAUUCAAUUUGUACAUAUAUACAGUGUAGGCGGGGGAUUGAACAGAUAGUAAGUUCUUUUGGUUCUGUUUCCCUUUUGUGUCAAUGAAAGUAGCCAGGUAUCAGGCUCAUUGUAGCCAGGUGGGAAUCCCUGGCCCCUUCUUCAUUAUUUAGCUAAACAUUUAAGAGAGCCAUGUCAUUUAAGCCAUAUUAGGCUAUAAAGGAAAUUGUUGCAUAGCUGGAAAUUUCUUCCCAACAGCGUGCACUGUCAUUGGUUACUUCAAGGUCACAUGACAUUUAACAAUGAAACUGUUUCCUCUCAAAAUCUCUGAGCAGGCAACAUUGUAAAAUCUAUAAAGUCAGAACAGAGAGUAACAGUGCACUGUUACCCGUGAAUGUUGACCGACAACUGCCAUUACAGAAAGGAGCCUCAAAAUUUCCAGCUAUACAAUAAUUUGCUAUAAUAGUCUAUUGAGAUUCUCAGGAAACAAAAUUAACUGUUUCCGUCGGGACCAGUCAUCAUGCUCUUUUUGUUAUUCUUGUUAUGCACCUGUAAAAACUCAUGGUACUCUUAUCCCUCUCUGCAGUUAUAUGUGUGUAAGUUUCAAUGUAUUUAGCAUGCAGUUAGCCCACAUAGCAACCAUUUGCGAUUGAGUUAUUGUGUGAGAGUUAGAGCAAGAGCAAAAAGUGGAGGAAGGGGUAUGGGGAUAAGAGGAAACAAUAAUAUUUCCCACCAACCCCAUGAUUCUGAAAAAUUAAUGUGUUCACACACAAACGCAGCUUCUCAUCAGUACAGUGUGGCAAUGUUAAUUGAAAAGCGAUCAAUGCAUCAAUCAAACCAGGAAUGUUGUGUUUGAAAAAAAAAGGGCAUUUAAUUUAAUGAUUCAAGCAUUCUCAAUUUUAUUAUAUUUGAUCAAAAAGUCUAAACUUUUAAAAAUUUCUUGAUAAACUGGAAGAAGCAAAACACAUGUUUAUUUUUUUGGAUCGGUCUAGUGAUUCAGACGAAGAUGAUAGCUAAAUUCUCUACUCCAUAUGUGAAGUCUUUGCAAAUCAACAUUCUUAUUUCACAACAGAUGAAGAUACAGAAUGGAUUAAACCAUUAAAGUCAGUUCAUAAUCUGGGUAUUUGUCAAUACAUUAUCCUGUAUAUGUUUUUGUUUUUUCAUGUUAAUCAUCUUUUUGCGGUAAUUUAAAGUUUCUAUAUGGGUAUUAAAUUUCACAAGAAUUUUUAUUUAAUAAGGUUAAAACUGAAGAAGAUUGAAACAGAUUGCAAUUCUACAUUGUAGUUUUUUAAAUCUGCUUAUAGUUAGCCUAACAGUUUUUCAAAGUCUAUCUGCUGUUUGUAAGUUAAAAUAAUUGUUUAUUGCGCAGGUUUGGUGUUGUCAUUUACAAGUAUUUAACAUUAAGUUUCAUAGAGUAAGAAGAAGGACUGCCAUGACAUGCCCCCUUCAAUAGUUCAAAAGAAGCAGUCUGUUCACUACAACAUGAGGACAACAAUGAGGAUGAGAUUUUCUUAAUACCAUUAAGUAGUGUGUGCUUGUAAACCAGCAUCAUUUCAGUUGAAAACUCAAAGCUUUUGUCAUUCUAAUGCAGGUUGUAGCAAGAAUGUCAUAGUGGUGGAAACAAGUUAUCAAAUAUCAGAUGUUUUAUCACUUUUCAAACAGGAGAGAAACUUUCCCUAGCUGUCCAUUUUCCUUAGAAGAAUAUUAUGCAAAAACUUAUUUGUCUGCCUGUAUUAGCCCUAUUAUUAGACCACUUUUACAACAAAUACUGCAGUUUCCUUUGCAUCUGUCUUUUAAAAAGGCAGGGUUCAAACAUGAUUUACAUAUAGUAUUAUUCUCACUCUUCCCCAUUCAGCUUAUAAAAGGUUCAAGAACUGCUGGACAAGUUCAUCUAAAAAAAGAGUAAGCCAUUAUCGAGUUUCAUAGGAAUUGUUUUUAAAGAAUAAAGUUCCAUCAUAUCUAAAUCCAAGUCACACUAUGAUGUUUUUUGUUUGAAAGGAGUAGUGUGAAGGUAACCCUUGACAGGAGAUUCCCGGGGGGGGGGGGACUCCGCAUAUCGGAAAUUUCGAAUUAACCCCUAAAGGAGACCGAUCUGGGCAUGGCCCAAGCUUGUGGCCCAAGCUUUUUGUGAACCCCUAAAAGAGACCAUGUUAAAACAGACAAUAUAUAUAUAUUUAUAUUUUUUUCACAUGCAACCGUAAACGAGACCUUCACAGCUAAAUAUGAAAGUGAAGAAUGAUCAUCGCAGUAAAUUUUCCAAUUUAAGCAAUUGGAAAGAAGAAGCCUGAAAAAAAUCAGGGCUUCAACGGGAUUCAAACCCGUGACCUCCACGUUACCGGUGCGUUGCUCUCUCAACUGAGCUAUGAAGCCACACAUUGGGAGCGAGGUCAAUUUAUUGAGUUCAUAUCUCCCGUGAGGAGUGAAAUGAUGUGAAGUAUAUUUAAAGUACGUAAAGUAAGUUGUUAUGAAGGUCUGUUAUUUGAGCCUCAUCUUCAGAUUUAAUGCUGUCUAAGGAAAACCAGUAAGAAUAUUGGACAAGUGGAAGGUUUUGUUUACUACCCUGGCUAGGCUUAGUUAUUUAUUGAUUUUUUUGGGUGCUAACCCAGUGUUGACAUUUUGACGAUUGGCUAGUGCACUUAUUUCUACCCAACUUACUUUUAAUGUAUUUUUUUUUGUUGGUCAGAAAUGAAAAGUUGGUCAAGGAAAAACUGGAAACAGAAAAGCAGUUAGAGACAUUUCAGCGAGAGGUGAAACAUGUCUCCAAAGCAAAUACAGCUAAAGAAAUUAGAGUGUUAAAGAAAGUUGUACAGAAUCUGGAGGUAGGUACUGAGCGGCAUCAUCACUUUCCUUGGAUACUGAUAUUGUGUGUGGCUUACAAACCCUCACUUUCAUUCUACUUUUCCACAGAGUGAUCUUAUGAAAGAGAAAAGCAAAUUCCAGAGGACAAUCAACAAAAAAAAUGAGGAACAUAGGAAUUUACUGGAAGAGGUAAGUUGGACGGUGCAAUCCUUACAGAGUUUGACUAUUUAAUAUUGUCUACAAAUAAUCGAAUUUUGUGGUAGUUUUAAUGUGACAUUUACAAAAAUAGAAAUUUGUUGGAGUACUCAAUGCAGCAAAUUUACGUGGCAAACUUGCUUAUAUUUCAGAAAUGACUGUGAAAAGCAGAAUGCACCGUUGUGAUCAUACAUGUAUAAUGACCCUUAGUGAUGUUUCCAUAAGGACUCGUGUUCAUAUUAAACUUAUUAUUGCAUGUUUGCUUAGAUUUGCUCACAAUUAAUGGAUUACUUGACUUUCAAAACAUUACAAUUUUUCUCAUGAAAAGUAUCAGCUUUUUGUGACAUCACACAAUGGAAUAACUCUAAAGUUACAGCCUACGAUUCGACAGUAUAAGCAAAGUGAUUUCAAUAAACAAAGCGACUCACAUGCAGGAAAUUAUUCAGGAUUUGGUGUCUAUUUUUUUUGUCUAAUCGUUUUUCUUUACAAACGUUUUUCAACAAAAAACAGUAUACAGUCAAUACCGACGUAAACUCCGUAACACGGUUAGGCAAUAGAAGAAUGUAAAAGGCGUGUAAACGAAAGCAAGAGAGCGCACACAUGUCUAAAAAGUUUUAACGCGUAUCGGAAAUGUACGGGGAGGUCCAUUGUAACGGACUGAAAUAGCAUCAAGUUGCUUUUUAUUCCUGGUCAAUUACAAUUUGCUUUUAUAGCUGGAAGAAAUCCGUUCAAAUGAGAGAAAUUUAAGAGCAAGAUGUAGAAGCUUAACUAAUGAACUUGCACUGUUGAAGAGAGGGUAAGUUAGUAAUUUGUCAUCCGCCCUGUUCAGCGGUAACAUACAACAUGGCUUGAGGAGUAGUAUCCAAUAAGGACAAAAAGUGGCUAUUUGGUGAUAGCACCAGUCACACUUAGUCUGAUGAUUACUCCUCGUUGUGUUCAGAAAAACCUGUUUAUAAGUUAAACAGUCCCACCCUUAGUUUGCUUGCAUUUACAGUACACCGUCAGAAAAUCCUGCUGUCUAGCCAGUAGCUCAAUUAUUAUUAUUUGGAAUGAUCGAUGGAAUUCUACUUAUUCAAGUCGUCUUUAAGACCCAUUAUGCGACAAGAUAAAUGCGUCAAACAAGCGCCAGACCCAUUCUUCGUAGAUAAAAGCGAGCAGCCGAAGCAGAAGGAUUUAGCUAAAAUGAAUUAACGCUUAUUCUCUCGCUAAAUUCGAAUCUUUUUACGAAACUUUGUAACCUCCCGACCCGCCGUAAGAUCCCCUCGUAUGGCUUUGCGGUUUUAAAACGUACCCGCAACUGUUGGUUUCGUUGUUGUCAAAAUAAUGAUUAACUGUCAGUUAAAGAAAAGCCAUUAUUGCUGGCUACUUUGGUUCUUGUACCUAAUCUCACUCUUGAUUUAUCUAUUAUUCUCCUGCUGUUUUAUGCGUGUUCGUAUUUAUCUUUAGCCUGCGGGGAGCAGACGCUUUUUUCGGCUCUCGUUUCACCCGCAGGCUGAUCUUGAACAGGGGCAUUAUUCAUCUUCACGAAAUUUGCGUCUUCCAGAAUAAAUACAGUCGUUAACCGUUUUUAGGAGAACCCGCUUGCCUAUCCUUGCUUGCGAGCGACCAACUACGUUGAUCAUUUUUAGGAGACCCUGUAAGCCGUAAAACAAAAUAUUAACAAGAAAUACUUUGAUUAACGUAGGUCUAGAGCGUCACCAGCCCAGGGUAGCAACUCGGCUUCCAGAGCAAGUAGAGCUUCACGGCGUUCAGUUUCCAAGGAGAGAAGGCAACCCCCCAAACAGUCUUCAGGCAUGCGCAGUAGAACUCCUUCACCAGCAAGUAUGUACUAUCAGCUUUACAGGCAUAUGGUGUUUUGAAAGUUACUUUGUCCCUCUCAAAAAACCUUUUUACCGGAAUCCAAGCAUUUUGAAAAGGGAGCGGGAAAAGAGAUAGAUAUUGUAACGUACGCGUCAAGCAUUAAAGUACCAGAAUCAUAAGAAACAAAAAUUACCACCUGGAAAAGAAUGCAACCCUAAAAGACCUCAAAUGCUCAGUCCCGCACCUACAGAUAAGAUUUAAUCUCCAACGAGCUCGCGGACAUCUGAUCAAAAUUUAGACCCAAGUGUAAUUAAAGUAAAUUGCUUUGGGGUUAGGUAACUUUUUCGAGAAUAUACAUCCACUCUGUAAUGAAAUUUCUUGUUUUGCAGUUGGAAGAAUUCCACGGUUUGACCCCACUGCGUAUCCUUUUUCGAUGGAGUAACCAUAAAUAGUUGAUCUUUUCUCCUUAAGUGUUAUUAUUUACUUGAAAGUAUUUUGCAUUUGCACCUCUUUGUUUGAUGGUCCUUUCAAGAUUUCGAAAAAGAGGAAUUGAGAAACACUAACUCGCUGGACUGGGGGGGAACAGAUCAUCGCCAAAAACCUCGGCAACGGAAGUGGGCUCUUUGUUUAGACGCAGGUGAUUCCUUUUGGGACCAGAAUGCCAAUUGGAGCCUUCUUUUUUGUAUGGCCAUGCCUUUCCGCUCCUUAUCCGCUUUUCUGACUGCAUCCACUUACAGCAAUUCCCUUGUAAACAACACAAAAUUAAGCACGAAAGAUUGAACAAUCCUUCUUGAUUUAAUUGGCAGUCAAUAGUCAUUCUUUAAACAAACAAGCGAUAAAACAUUAGAGAGAUUAAGAUUCACGUUUACGCUAAACGGCAAACGUGAAUUUGUACCACGUGACCAAGUUUUUCCCUGAGUUGUCGUUAACUGUUUAUUACUUCAACUAAAAAAUAAGCAGUUUCACGCCAGUUUUAUACAUAAGAAUUGUUCUGGGGAGUUUUUAUCUGCUUAUUUUCUAUUCUGAGAAAUUCUCAAUUUGAAUCUGACGUUUGCCGUUUGGCGUAAACGUGAAUCUUAAUCCCUCUAUUCGGCUUUGGUGUCUCCAAACUGGAGAUUUAAAACAGCUUGUAAUUGCACUUACUUUGACAGUAAGCAGACGCAUAGAGUCUUGUCAUUUUGUUAAGUGAAAUUGAACUCUGAUGUAAUUAAAAAAAGGCUUAAGCACAAGUGCAAGAACAUAAAAGAUCAAUUUUGUUCGUCUUGCUUGCGCUUGUGCUUACGCACGCGUCUUGGCCCGGUGAAACAAGCAUGGGACUUUUAUCGUUGCGUUUGUGCAUGCGGUUUUGUAUGUGUUGCUUGCGACAUAAUUAAAAUUUUCAACAUGACUGCAGAGCUUCAGUUUGGCUUUAAAAAAGCGUCAAUGUCCUCUAUUCAAAUAUUCAAUGGUGCUGUUGUCUUAUGUGGCGCAUAUGUCCACCCAAUAAUUUGUGCCCGUGGCUUGGCUUUUUGCACAAACCUGUUAAAUUUGUUAGUCUUCUUAUCAAAAUUCCCUUGACAACAAUAAAAGAUAUGUCAAAGAAAAGCAAAGGAAGCAAAAAGAGAUGGAAGAAGCCAGAGGGUAUUUUACAGUGUUCAUUUAAAUUUAACAUACUGGUAUUGUAAUCAAGAUCACACUGUUUGUUGAUCUGCUUGCUGAUCUGUAAACUUGGUUUGAUUAAUAAGAAAUAGGGAAUCGUAUUCUGCUCAGUUUUCAGUGGAGAUUUUUUUAAAAUUGAAAGAGGUUGUUAACAAAUGAAUAAGUUACCGGUAAAAUUGAAACAAUAGUAACUGAGAGCGAAAUGUUUCCUUGAUUUAGGCCAAGGUGAUGCCGUCGUCAAAGAAAACCCGGACUCGUUUCCAGGUCUUGUCGGUCCCUCUUGAUUUGGGAAUACAGCAGAACCACCGUGACGGUAACUCGAACUCUGAAGGGAAACAAAAAACCGUUCUAGUUAGCGUGGUCGAUUGCAAAAUUCACUUUGCCCUAGUAAAAAUUGAUAGUUACUGAUUUUUCAGCACUUUAAUGUUUAGUGCGGUGCAAAUUUAACAUACCGGUAUUUCAUCAGAAACGGUAACAUGAUUGGGCAUUUUUUAUGAUAACUGAAACAUGAUCUGUUCGCUGCACCAAUUAAAAUCAAAUUGAUGCUGUUGCUGCAGUGUUGACCAGUAUUAGCCUUCAGUGUUUUUACCGAUUAUACAAAAAAGAUGAGCUAAUGGGAUGGCAUCCGAAUGGAGUUAUUCAAGUUAUCAGGGUAAAUUUCUGUGAAUUUUUGAUCAAGGGAAAUUAAAUUUAGUUUGCGUCGGCGGGGAACUCGAGUUAUCCGAGUUCGAGUUAACCGAGUAAUGACUGGAAGGUGGGGGUGAAAUCCAAGGGAAAUUGAACUUAAUUCAAGUUAGCGGGAAGUUUGAGUUAUCAGAGUUUUACUCUAGUUACAUGUAUAGUUGUGUUGGUGGGUGGUUAUCAUAGUUUCUUAAAUAUGGCUAGCUUGUUCGUCAGUGACUAAUUUUUUCUGUGUAUUUCACGCAUUAGGCGAAAAAGGACACGUUUAAGUGGAUCAGGAAAACGAGGACGCUCCAGAUCACUGUCCGCUGAUCGUUUUUCUGCAGCAGCCAGCAGUUCUCAGGCCGCAACGGCAUGGUCAGGUGAGGUUACUGCAAACUUUUUCUGAGUUGAUGGCAAGUGGGUUAAGAGUCAGCCGGCUUCCAUACAUGUAAUUUACGUGAGGUUUCGUUGUUAAUAUCAUAGGUGACGAAUUACUCCUUAAUUUUGGCGCGAAAUUUCAGCGUUAAUUUGUAAUUUCACAUGUGAAAUUACAAAAUUGCCAUGGCAACCCUUCCGUACGCCUCAGUGUCAAGAUGGCGACGAAGUUUUAAAAUGUCUUGAAUGAAGAUGUCAGGGCACAAAAAGACGCUUUAGAAAACCUGAACACACAAGAGAACAUCAAGAUGGAUUUUGCCGAAAAAGUCUGAAAAAUUCUAAGCUUUAUAAGCCAAAUUUAAGGUCUAAACAUUUGAGAGAGUGGAUUUCUUGCUCGAUACGAUCCAGGAUAAACAUGUCAAAAAUCCAAGAUUACUAACGUAAUUCGUCACCCAUGAUAUUAAUAGGUAAUCAAAUGGUAUACUCGUGAAAUUAGGGAAUAAUUUCACUCGUCACCAUUUGAUUACACAUACUAAGUUUCUUCGUUGGCAGGUGGUAGAUUAAGAAGAACCUCGUCCAAUGGUAGCAUAGGCUCAAGACGUUCGUCGCAGUCUUCUGUAGGUGGAGACACGUCUGACCAUUCGCAGUCGAGACGAGUGAAAACCAGGUUAGUGGAAUGACUGAGUUGUUAUCUUUUAUAUGGUUCUAGGGUUCUUUUAGAUGUGAUCUAAAAGGAUAGUCUCUUCGUGCAACAAAAAAGCGCAGUUCUGCUUAUAAAACAUACGACCGAAACUGUAUUUUUUAUUGAUCGAGUCUUGACAAAGAAUGUCGACGCUUGCAGAGAUCCCACUGUUAAAACUGCUGGGUUUCCGAUGAAUAUAGUAUUUAUUAUAAUAAAUUAAGUAGCUAAAUUUAGACUUACUUUAUUAGAGUUUUCUGUCCAUAAUGUUCUUGUGUUUGCCAUUUUUCAAGAAAUAACGUGUUUCAUUCCGUAAAAUCUCUUUCCUACCAAGCUUGCUAUCACUGUCCCAUAUUUUACAAACGUACGUUGUUCUAGGCUUGCCAACGGUUCAACAGGCAAGAGGAAGGCUGCUUCGAAGAAAACCUCGUGGUAUAGCCGUGAAGACUCAGAUAUGGUAUGACGUGGUUUCUUGGGGUAGCCUGGGAUUGAGGGGCAUUAUAAUUAAUCACCAAAACCAUCGGUAUAUCUGUUGUUUCUUGUAUUGUGUCCUGAUAUUGGUUUAUUGACUUGUUGAAACUCCUUUUUUUCUCAGGAGCGAGGAGCAGGGGUGAAAGUUGCGACAGUGCCGUAUCCUCUUGUUGUUUCAGGGUGACAUGCUAUUCACCUUUCUUUUCUAUAGUAUGUUGGUGGACAAAGGAGUGUUUGUUUGUUUAUUGCAGGCCCAAUACAUUAAUUCUUUCCUGAACACAAAAGACGAAUUAUUUUAACAUUCAAAUUAUGUUGUGAUCCAGUCAAUUCCAAGACUGUUAAUACCCCACGCAGGUUUUUAAAAAACUCUACCGUGGCGCUUAAACUUGAGAUGUGCACAAAUAUCUCAAAUGUGAAAUUUGUUGCGGCACUUUUUCCGUACUAGGAAGUUUUAAUGUGAACACGGUUUUCAGAUCCUUUGCACGUUGUCCACUUGUACAGGGCAUGCAGAGCAGUUUUUUAAGUGCAGGGGCCGAUCCACUUCUUUUGAAGUGUAGGGGGGUGGAUGUUACGGACUUAAAAAGUGGUUUACCUGGUGCCGACUCAAUAUUAUUUAAUACAGCUACAACUCAUCAAGCACUUAGUUUAACAAACUAGGAAAGAGUUCUAACAAAAAAAACCUAUGUAACCAUGUAUAGCAGCAGCAUAAUUUUCGCGUUUUUUAUUUACUUUAAAGUUUGUCCGUUCUCUCUUUGCGGCUGUUUAGAACUUUCUUGAGUCAUUGUUGAAGGGAGCCAUGCUUUUAAAGGGACAGGUUCACGGUUAAGCGCAUGCUCAUUAAUUACAUUAUAUGCUUUUUUCCACUUUAUUAUUAAUUCUAUCGGUUACUAAUCCCACUCACAUGUAUCUCAGCGAUCUCAGAGUGUAUUUCAAAGUAGAAGUGUAUUUCAGUGUAACCUGAAGUGGGAUGGAGGAGUACUAAAAUCGCAGAAAAAAUCAGUGGAUUAUGCCAACACUACCAACGCUGAAUUUAUUGUUGACCCGGAGGUUUCAUUCCAUGGUUGAUUAAUUUACAGCUAUGUUAAAAUAUUUAAGUUGAUCAACUGCAAUUUACUGCCAGAGGAGUGUGCAUCGAUGAUACAGCAUGUCCCGGCAGAAAAAUAGCGUUUUGGUAAAUGAGCAUGCGCUGAACCGUGAACCUGUCCCUUUAACCUUCGAGCUGCCGAAAAAGACUUUCUGAUGCGAUAGAUACAGAAUUUACCGGCAGAAGCCUGUGGAUCGUGACACUAAGGUUCUUGUAACUUCUUCCUUUUGCCUAGAAUGUCAUCGAAAUAUGUAAUAGCACUACUAUUGAUCAAAACUUUUAAAUUCCCAGUUAGACGUUAGUCUCUUUCUCAGCCGCUCGGGCGGGAGUCACUUAAUGCUCCCCGUGUGGGGACGGGGAACACUGCAUGUCUUCGGCCAGAGCGGCCGCAAAGGAGACUAGUUAGACUUCCGAACGCGUCAGAGGCUACAUCAUCAGUGCAUUUCGUUUUAAUCUAAGAUCCGUGGAGACGGAAAAGUCUCCCUCCUCUCAGGUGUCUCGUGGUUUGCGCUCGCUCCCAAAACCCGUCUUAGCGCCCUCAACAACGCCUAGUUUUCAGGGCUUUGCUCUUAAUAUGUUGUGGGAUAAACGGUGUUGAAUUUUAUAUGAAGUACUUUCUCAGUUUUUGGUGAUGUUGCUGCCACCUAUGCAUUGCUGCUUUGUAUUCAUUUGUUCUUGACUAUCCUCUUGUGAAGUUUUAAUUACGGUUCCUUAACGUGUCUCACAGCUAUUCCAGCACGCCAGAAAACCGCCCGAUACUUACUAGAGGACAUCGCCUUCGAGGUUAGUCAGGCAAAUUUCUCGCUUUUUUGCAACAGUUACCGUGAAACUCACAAAAUUGUGUGCACCAGGAAUAUUUGUGGUAUGUUAUUAUGUUACAAGGGGAAAACCAAUCAGGCGUGAGAAAACUAAAACCGCAAGCGGCAACGGUGUUAACUUUGUGGUGUUGUGGCUUGCUCGCAUUUUUAUCUGGGUGCAUGUUCUGGGUUUAGAUUUUCAAAUCCGGAUUCGGAUUUGUGAUAAAACGGGCAAUCCAAGGACGGAUUUGAUAGCCAAGAAAUCUCCCCUUGGGUUUCUUUCUUUCCGUUUUAUUGAGAAACUCGAAAAAGGAUUUGAAAAACUGUUCUCCGGAACAGCGGUCGUGCACCUACACGCAUAAUUAGCAGAAAUGAGACUACCGUUCUCGAGAACAGUUUUGCAAAUCCUUUUUCGGAUUUCCCAAUAAAACGAUAAAGAAGGAACUAAGUGAAAAUCAAACGCAAAAUCCGAAAUCCGGGCUUCAAACUCGAAAUCCAGAUUUCCCAAUCGAACGCACCCCUGAUCUUCGCUAUGAUUGGUCGUAACAGCAAAAAACAUUCGUGAAAUAUUUCGGUUGUUUACCGUGUAAUAAGUAAUACAGUAAUGAUGGUAAUAAAAUACAUUGUACUUUUGUAGAUAUUGGGAAUGAGUCUCUUAAUCGAUCAGCAGAGAUGAUGGAAAUCGACGCACGCCUGAGUGCGCUGCAGAAGUUCAUGAAAGAGAACAUACCUUAACGCCGCCGCAGUGAAGCUGCUGCUGAGCUAGCAAGAGAGGGUCUACUCCACCGAACGAACUAUUAUCAUUUUAAUUUUAUAUAGGAUAAACUC